CUCCAAAAUCCAGACCAGAGUCACAAAACACAAGCAUCUUAAAAAUCCCCCUUUACAAUCAAACGUAAAAAGAACAUAAACUAGUGAAAAGGUCCACAACACUAAAGAAUCCCAUUUCGACCAAAUCAAAGCAGGAAAAAAAAAAACAAAACAGAGAAAACCCUAAUGUCAAUGUAUCACUGAAAUCAUCCUCGAAAAACAGACUGAUUUUGUUCAAUCAUUUGCUCGGAUGCUCGUUGUAACGAGCUGCAAUUGGUUACACGAUUAUUAUUAUUGUGUUUAAUUAUGUCGAGACCCAUGGUGCUUGUGUUUUUGUUGAUGAUACUUAUAAUCACAUCCCAAUUCGAAUGGAAACAACAACUUGUACCGGAGACUGAAGCAACUCCAAGUCUGGCUGAGAAGCAACAGCGCGUUUCGGAUAGGGAAGAAUAUGUUAAAGAAAAGAUCAUCUUAUCCCAAGAGAAGAGCAUUCAGAGGCUCAAUGAGCUUGUGAGAAAUCUUCGGAGGCAGUUGUUACAAUGCAAAGGGGAUAAUGAAACAGCCAACAGAACUGCCAAUUCAUUGACAGAAAAUAUAAAUGAACUUGAGCGGCAACAGAUUCUGGAAGAUUAAUCCUGAGAGUGCUGCAAAUUAAUUUGCUCGAGAGAUCUCCAGACUAUUAUCUCUCUAUCAACCUAUGUAGCUUCAGCCUUAGACACUGAUCGACUUCUUAACACGUACGCGAGAUGUCACAGUAAUAGAUCCCCAGCAGCUUCUUGUGAAAAAUCUACUUUAAUAGGCCACCCCUGCUUAAGUUGGAAAGCUUAACCCAUAAGUCUCAUGGUGACUUGAUAUGUGAUCUCAGAGGUUAAGGUAAAUGCAUGAGUGGUUCAAUCAAUCAGAUCUGUAAAUAAAUGGGAUCUCCUUAUUAGUUGAAUGAGAAUGUAUUUGCAUCAGGGUUGGUAUUUAUGAUACCUGCUAGAGAAUCACCUUCACACGUAUAUAGAGCAAUGGAAAUUUGAACUUGAUGUGUGGGAAAGUUAUAUUCAACAUAUUAUAAUUAAGUACUUCAUUUUGUGUUGGUAUAUGGAA